CACCAAAGCGGUUGACACGUCGCCAGUGUGGGAACCGAAAGGGCAUGGCGUUGAAAAGCCGCAGGCUCGAGCUCCGAAGCAGCGGUGACCAGGAGGAGGAGGAUAAGGCACAACGAUGAUCUUUGUUGACGGCAUUCCCUUAUCCACCUCCCAAUUCCAGAUGGUCCGGGGAAGUGAAAUCUUGGCCGCCUUAUUGGAUCACCCGGCCGUCCUCUCCUCCUCCGAUCGCCUCAAGGGCACCCCCGAGAAGAAGGUCUCCUCCGCCGAGCGGCCGCCCCCCGGCCGCCUCGUGUACAUCUUCCAGAGCGAGUACGCCACCGUCGAUCCUGCCCUCGUCCAGCUGGUGGGCACGGACGAGGCGACCACGUGCGUCGGCCUUGUGAUCCGCAGCAGGAACACUGGAAUAACCUCCGUCAGCCAUAUGGAUUUUCCUGGCGUCGUCGACAAUGGCCUCGCUCAAAUGCUAUCAUCUAUUGCCGACAAUGACGACGACAGCGACGAAGCUUCUUUCGAUGUUCACCUCAUCGGCGGCUUCGAUGAUGGGCCCAAAAGACAUCCGAUCAAUGCCACUGUAUCGGAAAGAAAACAGAAAAAAGAAGGUUUUUCUUUGCCUCUAUGUUCGAAACUAAUAGAAGCUCUGCACAAUAGCCAGCAAAAGUUUCAUUUGCAAACGCUGUGUGUCCUCAGGCACAACACCAAACUAGACUCCUGUGGAAAUGCUUGCCCCAUCGUCAGUGGCUUUCUGGUAGACACUUCAUCUGAUUCAAUUAUGCCUGCGAGCUUUGAUAGAAGCUCAAGAGGUCCAGAUGAGAUCGUCAGGAGGAUUCGAGUGUCUUUAUCUUCUGAUGAUUCUAAUUGGAAAGGAAGGCUAUUAGAUACUUAUGACACCUGUCAUGACAGAUUUGAGAUUGCUCCUUGCACUUGGAUGUCUGAUUGGAAGUCUUAUGCUUCAUCUCUGCAGCAGCUUUCUGAUUCCGAAUUCCUCUUGAGAUGUUCUACCUCUCCUUAUGCAGAGGCCCCUGAUUUUGUUGAAAGCCAAAGAAGGAAAUGGAACUACUUGAUUGAGAAUCCUGAUUGGAGACACACAUUUACUGGAAAGAAACCACGAAUCUUUCAGAGAACCGAUGAUGGUGGGUGGUCAAAAUGUGCAUAAUGGAAAUCAUCUCGGAUGUCGUGCGUCGGCCCAUCAUCAUGGGGUUUCUUGAAGCAUAACAAUCCUAUGAACUAGUGCAUUUUUUUAUUGAUCUUUAAAGCUUGUUAUAAAUCCCUCUUGUGACUUGUGAUCUGUGUAUGCAUCGGCACAUCAUUGGAUUUCUUGAA